GCCUUUGCGUUUCGAUUCGAAUUCUCGUGCGCGCAUGCGCGUACUGUCAGAGUUCACUGUCUUCGGAGGUUUGGCAACAUCGCUAUCAUUUGCUUUUCCGCGUACGUUCUUCAGUGUGUCACCGAACGUUUCGGGAGACGGAUCAUUCGUUCGUUCGUUCGUGCCGGUUAAAUACAUUAUGUGCAUUUCGACGAUUACGGUUAUAAACUAAACCGUGGUAUCGUGACUUUUCGUGUUUGGAGAAUAAUGUCGACUAAGAAUGGGUAACUUUGCUACGGUGGUGAAAUUCAGUGCCGCCCUCCUCUUCUGUCUUAUGGAUUCUGUUUGGUCCCAAGCUGAAUUUCAAGGAUGCGUCGAAGAUCCAGGAGGAUGCAAAAGAUGCAGAGGUGACACGUGCGCGAGAUGUGCAGUACUAUUGCAUAAAGGAACCUGCGUUGAUAGCUGUCCACCUGGACAUACGGCAGACUGGUCGACGAGAGACGAAUAUAUGGGAAGAGUUUGUAAAGAGACUGGUUACAUCUUUGGGCUGACAGGUAGUCAGGUCGCUAUCUUGGUGGGAGUUGUCUCCGGUGCAACCAUAUGUGUCUUCAUCGUUCUUUGCGGUGCGAUCAUCGUUCACAGAAAGAAGAAAAAAGCGACCAAGAUCGUACGGCAAUUUGAGAACAGUGCUGAAAGAAGAGAAUUCCUGAGGCAUCUUGCAACGUUAAGAGGUGAGGGACACACUUUCCUUUCCAUGCUGAACGACACUAGAAGACAAGUUAGAGAAUUAUAUUACUCCGGAAAUAACGGGGACGGCGCAGUCGGCAUUCAAGCGUACAGACCCGUUCUCCGAGAUCUCGCAAGGAUAUUAGUCCUUGUUAACAAAAAGGAUGAAGACAUACAGUUACCUCCUGAUGACUGGCAAAGAUUAUUAUCUUGGGCAGAACGUUUGCUCAGAAGGUACAAGAGACACAGUAGUCCAGAAGUGGCUCAACUCGUGACAUUCCUACAGCAUCCAGCAAGUUCCGUCCAAACGAAUCCAACGGAGUCGGUAGUAAUAACACCACCGUCUCAACCGUUUGAACCUAGAAGUACGCCGACUAAUUUAACAACAUUUCAAGCUAACUUACCACUCGCUACUUUUCAAGCGAGCGACAAGUCCAGUAUUAGUCCAGCCAGCUCGAGUUUAGGAUAUGCCAAGGAUAGUCCACUUGGGUCGAGUUUAGGACAAAAUAGUUCCAUGCCCUAUCACGAUAAACUCGGACGUAACAACGAGUCUACGAUGGGACAAAUGACUCCUUUGGUAUUUGGCAUGCAAAAAAGACUGAAAUCAAAUGGGUCACAUUUUCAGGAAUUAGCCAUAUCGGUGUUCAAUAAUCAUAACGGUGGUGCUACGUUACCAGAUAUCAAUCGCGGAUCUAAUCCUCGUGAAACUAGUGUUCUCGAUCGUGAAAUCAAUCCUCAAUGGGAAUUUCAAAGCGCUGUUGAAGCUGCUAAUUAUACCAUAUUGUCCGAUAGAUUACCCGAUUGUGACUACCUCAUAGAUGAUUUCACGAUCCUUGGCUUUAGGCCGCAAGAUGAAAUUACUACCGAAUUGUAAUGAGAUUAGAUAUACAGAUAGUAUAUACAUAUAUGUAAUUAUAUAUAU